UAUAAAGUUUAUUCAAAAUCCCUCAGCAGCAGCAAUGGCGGCUCCCAUGUCCUGGAGGAGGCUGGUGUACUCCGUAUACCCACCGGCCAUCGCCGGGGUUUUUACCCGAAUAUCUGACCGGCUCUUCCGCGCACGAGACAGGAGAGGAGGGUCUUCGGUGCUGCUGCUGGCUCCCCUGCUGGCUGAAGCCGACCCGGCCCCCCGUUAUGUCUCCAGGCCCGCCGGAGCUCAGGGCACAGAUGGCCUCUGCGCCCACUUCAGAUGGAUGGCAGAGCACGUACCCGCCUUCCGGGUGCCGGGCAACCACAUCCACAUCCUCUCCUCACCUGACCAGUUCUACCAGACUAUAAAGGCGCGGAUCAAGACAGCGAAGAGGCGGGUGGUGAUGGCCUCGCUGUAUCUGGGAACAGGUCAGCUGGAGCAGGAGCUGGUGGACUGCAUGGAGGACGCUCUAGAGCGCUCACAGGACAACAGUGACGCUCCCGACCUGAAAGUCUCCGUAUUGCUGGACUACACUCGCGGAUCAAGAGGACAGAUUAACUCGAGGACCAUGCUGCUGCCGCUGUUGCAGCGCUUCGCCUCUCAGAUGCGGGUCUCUCUGUACCACACUCCAGACCUGAGGGGGCUGCUGCGGCUGCUGGUCCCUCAGCGCUUCAACGAGACCAUCGGUGUCCAGCACAUCAAAGUCUACCUGUUCGACGACAGCAUCAUCAUCAGCGGGGCCAACCUGAGCGACUCGUACUUCACCAACAGACAGGACCGCUACGUGCUGCUGGAGAACUGCAGGGAGGUCGCCGACUUCUUCUCCGACCUUGUGGAGGCAGUGGGAGACGUUUCCCUGCAGCUGCAGCCCGACGACUCGGUCACCAUGCUGGAGGGAAUGGUGCACCCGUACAAAGGCAACAGGCAAGACUUCUCGGCAGCGGCGAGGAAGCGGAUCAUGGAGGUCAUGAACACAGCCCACGUGAGGCAGCGGCUGUUGAACGGGUCGGUGGACUCUGAGGACGAGGGGAUGAGCGAGGGGGAGGAGGACACCUGGGUGUUCCCUCUGGUGCAGAUGAAGCCUCUGGGGAUCCAGCUGGACGAGCAGGUCACACAGCGCCUGCUGACAGACGCCGGGCCGACCUCCACUGUGUUUCUAACCUCGGGUUACUUCAACCUGACCCAGGCGUACAUGCGGCUGGUGCUCGGCGCCGGAGCAAGGUACCGCAUCCUCACCGCCUCCCCCGAGGUCAAUGGUUUCUUUGGAGCCAAAGGCGUCGCCGGAGCGAUCCCCGCAGCAUACAUCCACAUCGCCAGACAGUUUUACAACCAGGUGUGCUUUCUGGGCCAGCAGGAGAGAAUACACCUGCACGAGUAUCACAGAUCACAGUGGACCUUCCACGCCAAAGGUCUGUGGUAUUACCUCCAGGGGCAGGAUCGGCCUUGCCUCACUCUAAUUGGCUCCCCUAAUUUUGGUUACCGCUCAGUUCACCGUGACCUGGAGGCACAAAUCGCCAUAGUAACGGAGAAUAAGGAGCUGCAGAGCCGGCUGCAGGAGGAGCAGGAGAUUUUGUAUCUGCGCUCCACCGAGGUGUCCGGCUCUACGUUCGAACGGCCGGACCGUCACGUCAAGCUGUGGGUGAAACUAGUCACUCCCCUCAUCAAGAACUUCUUCUGAGACGCCACCAGCAGGAGACGGAAGGCUUUGAUUUUCUUCGGUUUUGAGGUUGGUCAGCUCCUGCAGACGGGACACUCGAGUAUCACUGGCAUGCUGGGAGUUUUCAGCCUCCCAGGAAGUGACACAUACAGGAGAGGAUAUAUAUAUAUAUAUAUGGUGAAUUCAGCGGGUAAUUCCUUGUUUUUUUUUUUUUAUUCAAACUCCAGAUCCUGUGGUUUACCUGCACAGCUGUUACUGUUAGAUUGUUUGUUUUAACACCUGCUGUCUUCACAGUUUUGUUUUUUUACUACAAGCAUUUAAAAAGACUACUUCUACUACUACACAUUCAUCUCUACAAGUACAUGCUGCAUGUAUAAAAUGGUGUUAGAGGCUGUGAUGGUAAACAGACGGGUGUGGUGGAGAAUUACAAUCCCUUGAGGGGCCUUAACAGUUUUUAAGAGAGUUUACAGCAGUAAUCAAAGCUAACUGUACAGUGUCUGUGUUAUUAUCUUUGUAAAUUAAAGGACGAUGUGCCGAGUUUUUAAAAUGA